GCCCGGCCUGUAAUUAACGUCCCCCCGCAGAGCCAUCAGCCUGCGCCCCCCGGGUGUGUGCCCGAGGGCGCGGGAGGGCCGGGCGGUGCGGGGCUGUGCGGCCGUGGCAGCCCCGGGCACCGCACGUGCGUGGUUAAUAACGAGACAGCAGCUAUCGGGAUGGGCGAGCCCGGCCGCCCCAGGCUCCUCCGGGCGCGAGGGGGGGGGGGGGCCCCGCCACUCCGUUAUCUCCCGAGUCGCUCUCCCAGGCAGAACUGAUCCUCUUGAGGGAACGAGGGGGUGGGGGAAGAGUCUCGGCUGCAAAUAUUGUUUGGAGUUUAUUGAUGAGGGCGUCUGAGCGUUGAGGUGCUCUCCCGUGGCUCCCGGUGGAUGCUGUAAGGAGCCAGGAUUGUGGUGGGUUUCGGCUGUGCAGGGAGUUGGGGUAGCGGGGGGGUGGGGGGAAGGAAAAGACACGAUCGAGAGUAGCUGAGACUUUGUGCCCCCGUUGGAGAGAUGGUUGAGUCCUCGUCAAGGUUGCUGUGGUAUCCCAGAAACACCAUUCACUCCGAGCUGUGACCGCGCACCAUCAACAGCAACAACUCCGCUGCGCCUGGCCGAGGAAUAGGAAUUAGGAGCUCUCAAGAAUAAUAUGAAAGGGAUCUGCAGAGGGGAAAUUCGUGCAAAGGAAUCGAAAUUAGCAGACUUUUGGGAAAGGGGAUGUACUAAAUGUGGCCGGCUGGACUUCAUCCUGGUGAAGAAAAUGGAGAUUAAAAGUGGAUUUACAUUUUGGAACCUCGUCUUUUUAUUGAUGGUUUCGUGUGUGAAAGGAUUUAUUUAUACCUGUGGUGGAACUUUAAAAGGACUUAAUGGCACUAUAGAAAGCCCUGGCUUCCCAUAUGGAUAUCCAAAUGGUGCAAACUGUACAUGGGUUAUAAUAGCAGAAGAAAGAAACAGAAUACAAAUCGUCUUUCAGUCUUUUGCUCUAGAAGAAGAAUAUGAUUAUUUGUCAUUAUAUGAUGGGCAUCCUCAUCCUGCAAACUUUAGGACAAGGUUAACAGGAUUUCAUCUUCCUCCACCUGUGACAAGUACAAAAUCUGUAUUUUCACUCCGCUUGACAAGUGACUUCGCAGUUAGUGCUCAUGGGUUUAAAGUUUACUAUGAAGAAUUACAGAGCAGUUCCUGUGGCAAUCCGGGAGUUCCACCAAAGGGUAUCUUGUACGGUACAAGAUUUGAUGUUGGUGACAAAAUCCGAUACAGCUGUGUAACUGGAUAUAUUUUGGAUGGACACCCCCAGCUUACUUGCAUAGCUAACUCUGUGAAUACAGCAUCAUGGGACUUCCCCGUUCCUAUCUGUAGAGCUGAGGAUGCUUGUGGAGGAACUAUGAGAGGAUCCAGUGGAAUCAUCUCGAGCCCCAACUUUCCUAAUGAAUAUCAUAAUAAUGCAGAUUGCACAUGGACAAUUGUGGCAGAGCCUGGUGAUACUAUCUCGCUCAUAUUUACAGAUUUCCAAAUGGAAGAAAAAUAUGAUUAUUUGGAAGUAGAAGGUUCUGAACCACCUACAAUAGG